CCGAGGGGGAAGGAACGGCCAGGAAGCUCAGAAACAGGAUCUACACAUUUCUUGUGUGAGACAGAGAGAAAAAAAGCUGACUUAUAAAAUUUGACUGAUGACGAAGAGCAGGAAAAUGUGAUGGUGUGAAAGUUCAGGCAGUGCUGGAAACUUUCAGAGGAUUAGUAAAACUGAGGAGGAAGGGAGGACGCACAUAAAAGAACUCCACACCGACUCACUGUCUCUGUUCAGGGAUCGCAGCACGAGAGGGCAAUAAUGGAGCUGCCAACGACACUUCCUGUACUCCUACUUCUCAUGGCCCUCAGUGUUGUCUGGGCGUGUCCGGAUGGAUGCCAAUGUAGAGGAAGCACAGUCCAAUGCGUUGGCCUGUCAAACUUCCCCAUGCCGCUGCCGUCAUCUGCCACCAAACUCUAUUUUUCAAAAUGCAGUUUUAACUCUCUGGAGCCAGAACACAUGACGAAUUCGUUGGAUUUGUUGCUAAUUAAAGAAUCUCUUUUGAGGGAAGUGCGCCCUGGCACGUUUAAUUCAACACCACAUAUCGGGUCCUUAACAUUAACUGGUACCCAACUGCAGGAUCUGCCAGAAGCCUUGUUGAAAAAUCUGCAGAAACUUGAGGCUUUGACACUAAGCAUCAACAACCUCUUAGUACUUCGGCCUCAGUGGUUUUCCCUGUUGACCGAGCUUAGAAGACUUGACCUUAGUAGGAAUCUUUUCACUGCAGUACCUGUGGAAACUUUUCAUCCACUGAAACAGUUGAGCUACCUUUCCCUUUCUGGUAACAAAGUCAGCCAGCUAUCUAGAGAAACCUUUAAGGGUCUUUCUCAGAUCAUAACUUUACGCCUUAAUAGAAACAUGCUACAGGAGCUUCAAGUUGGUACUUUGGAUGACCUUGUAAACCUGGGAGAGCUGUCACUACAAGACAACCAAAUCACUCACCUCCACCGUGACCUGUUCUCCAAGACUCCAAAACUCCAGAAGCUGUUUCUCUCCAACAACAAGAUCACAUCUCUCCCAGAAGGGAUCUUCCUAAACGUGCCAAAUCUUUCCCAGAUCUCCCUGUAUGAAAACCAGCUGGAGACUCUGGGGCCAAGGGUGUUUGGGCCCACGGCCCUUAAGGAGCUGUGGCUGUAUGACAACAAGCUGAGUCGUGUGGAAAAUGACACGUUCAGGAACCUGACUCAGUUACGCCUCCUGGUCCUCAGUCGUAACCGGAUUAGUUAUGUAUCCACCAGUGCAUUUAGAGGAUUGGAACAGCUGGGAGAGGUAUCCCUGCACACCAAUCUGAUCACGACCCUGCAAGCUGGGACUUUCCAGGUGCUACCAAGACUGGUCAACAUUUCUCUGGAAAACAACUUCAUCAAAUCCCUCCCACGUGGUUUCCUCCAGGGUCUGACCCACCUGGGACAGAUAGACCUGCGAAACAAUUCCCUCCCUAACCUACCACAGGAGAGUUUAGAUGCCCUUACUGCAUCAGAGGAAGUACUCCUCCAGCAAAAUCCCUGGAGGUGUGACAAGGAUAUUCUGCCACUUAGGGACUGGUUGAAGCUGCACCCAUCAAAGACCAACCAAAGCCUUGUGGUCUGUGACGCUCCUUCCAGUCUGAAUGGCGAGAUGAUUGCUUUGCUGGCAGAUGAGAACUUGGUAUCUCUCAGCUCUACUCAGGAGCCCGUGCUGACCUCAACAGAGAAGAGGAGGAGGCCACAUACACCUCCAGCCAAAAGAAGCCCUCCCUCACCAGCUGUCAAGACGACCCCCACCUCAGAGUAUGAAAAGGUAACCAGGAGUGGACAAGGGAAUACUGGAAGCAUUUCUCGUGAUAUUUCAAUCACCCUAAUUGUCAUCGCAGUAGUGUGCACUGUCAUCAUCAGCACUGUAAUUAUCAGCUGUAUUUGCUGGAGGAGAAAUAAGAGUGGCACGGGGAAUAUAGGCCGCAGGAGUACGAACUCUGUGCUGAAAAUGUCCAGAGGCGAGAUCAUCGUUUUCUUUCUACUUUUCAUGCCUGACUUUUCACUGGCUGAAACCCAACCAUGUGAAAAGGCGACUGACUGCCCCAAAGAGAACCAGGCAGUUUUUAGCUCAGCUACAGAAAUCCCACGCUCUCUCAGACCCAAAGUGACAGAAGUCUUUUUUUUGGUUAGCCAUAUUACAACAAUACCAAAAGGAGCCUUUGCUGAAAACCCACAGCUUGAAAAGGUGGAGUUCAUAAACAGUAACAUAUCAUCCAUCGAGCUGGGAGCGUUCGAGGGACUGAAAAACCUGAAAAAUAUUGAGGUCUCUGGCAGCAAAUUAACGUCACUCCCAGUAGGAGUCUUUAACGACCUCAGCAACAUGGAGUUACUCGUACUCAAAUCUAACAAGCUUCAAAGACUUGAUAAAGGUUUGUUUGAAGGCCUUAAAAAACUAAGACACCUCCUGUUGAAUUUGAAUGAGAUUAAGUUGAUUGAAGAUGAGACAUUUGACGGUCUUGACAACCUUUUAAUGCUCCAUUUGGGUAAAAACAAUCUCUCUGCUGUGUCAACUCACUGGUUCUCCAACCUAAACAAGCUGGAGGCAUUCCGACUUUAUGAGAAUCAGCUGACCACCAUUCCUGAAGACUUGUUUCAGAAUUUACCAAACUUAAAGGAAAUCAGCUUGCAUGGAAACCAGAUAGAAGAAUUGCCUCCCAAUCUGUUCCCUCAUAAAAACAAACUGAUUAAACUGUUGCUGGACAAUAAUCUUCUAACUACUUUUCCUGAGGGGUAUUUUGUUGGCUUCCCUCAGCUUAAAACACUGACCCUGAAGAACAACAGGCUGAAAAGUUUGCCACCAGUGCUGUUUGGAGAAAUGCCCAAAUUGACCGAAUUAAGCCUCCAGCAAAACAAUCUCUCCAGUCUCCCUAAAGGAGUUUUUGGCCCUCUGAAGAAAAUCAGGAAGCUGGACCUGUCGAAGAAUAAAUUCGUCACCUUGUCCCCUGAAUACUUUGAAGGCCCAGAAAAGCUCACAGAACUGAAUCUACAGAACAACAUGAUAGAGUCACUGGAUAAAGAUCUGUUUGAAAAGCUACAAUCACUAGCCACUCUCAAGCUUGCUCACAACAACCUCCAGACGCUUCCUGGAGAUAUUUUUGACCCAUUAGGAAAGCUCAGGAAGCUUGACCUCAGUAACAACCCGUGGCUCUGCGACUGUAACCUGAUAGCCUUCCACAGCUGGGUGACCGGAAAUGCUGCAAAGCUCACGUCUCCUCCACUCUGUGAGUGUCCCGAAGAUUUGAAAGGGACGAAAAUGCCCUCAUUAACACAGGAUCAGCUGAUUUGCCCAGCACUUCCACCCACGACUACCACAACAACUACACCCACAACUACACCCACGACAACACUUCCACCCACGACUACCACAACAACUACACCCACAACUACACCCACGACAACACUUCCACCCACGACUACCACAACAACUACACCCACAACUACACCCACGACCACCCCAACCACAACUACACCCAUGACAACAACUACACCCACGACCACCCCAACCACAACUACACCCACAACUACACCCACGACCACCCCAACCACAACUACACCCAUGACAACAACUACACCCACGACAACACUUCCACCCACGACUACCACAACAACUACACCCACAACUACACCCACAACAACACUUCCACCCACGACCACCACAACAACUACACCCACAACUACACCCACGACAACAACUACACCCACGACCACCCCAACCACAACUACACCCAUGACAACAACUACACCCACGACCACCCCAACCACAACUACACCCACGACCACCCCAACCACAACUACACCCACGACCACCCCAACCACAACUACACCCACGACCACCCCAACCACAACUACACCCAUGACAACAACUACAGCCACGACCACCCCAACCACAACUACACCUACAACCACCCCAACCACAACCACACCCACAACCACCACUACAUCCCUGACUACGACAACUACACCCACAACCACCCCAGUAACAACUGCACCCACGACUACCACAACAACUACAACCACCCCAACCACAACUGCAACCACAACCACUCCGACUACAAUUGCAACCACCACUACUCUGACCACGACUGCACCCACAACAACAUCUACACCCACAACCACCCCAACAACAAGUACAACCACAACUACUACAACAACUACAUCUCCUCCACCCACUCCAGUGAUCUUCUCCUGUCUGAACGUGACAACCUCAGAGCAGCAGCAAGCUUACUUUGUUCCUCAAGACAGCACAAAAGUUCAGCAGUGCAAAACUCAUCUGAAGGUUUACAUUGUUAUUCUGGUGGUAGAGAUUAUCUGCACAUUGGCUCUGGCUAAGUUCACCAUUUCACUUUAUCACCUACUCCAGCGCAGUGAGAGGUUGUACCACAAAGUGAAACUCACCCGCUUCUCCUACAAGAGGGAAGUCAUCCUACGGCCUCUGCGAGAGGCAGAGACCCGAGGACUUUGAAUUUUCUGAGGUGCUGCUAGAGAUCAGAGUUUAAUCAUCCGAAAGAUCACCAGGAUGGCAAAUAGGCCAGAAGCAAUCAUACAACUUAUCACAACAUCCUUAAAGCUGUAAUAAUUCAUCUUAAAUGAUUUGUGAGCAGUGGAGCGAUAAGAUGAAGAAAGAAUAAGAAGUAAGAAUGAUGCAUACACAUGCAUUAGGUUUUGUAUCCCUUGCUCAAAUGUAAUGUUUCUGGAUGUUUUCUCUGUUUUUGCUUAAAAAUAUAUGCAAAAGAUAUUAGUUUUUUGUUUUUUUAUGUCAAAUAUAAUAAAAUGUACAUAAUUAAAAAAGACGUUUCUGAAACUAGUCAUUACUGAGAUUUCCUUUAACACAUUCUUACAGCAAGGGGGUGGCAGAGAUCCAUAAGAUCUCACUCACAUUCACCAAAAACAAAAAACAAGAGGUGCUAAGAAUAGGACCAGUUCUGCAAAUUAGAGACACUGUAACAGGUAAGAGAAGUGCUCACUAACACAGAUUUGGACAGAUUUGUGAACAAUAUUUGAGAGUCAUGGGUCUUUCAAUUUUAAAUCAUGCUUUUUAUUUGUUCUUGUUUCUAAUGUCUCUGUA